AUGGACAUGUUAAAUUUAGGUCUGUAUUACACAUGGGUGGAUAUGUCCAGAAGGUGUGACAACGUGCGUGUCUUCAAGCUGGGCCUCUUCUCGGGCCUCUGGUGGACCCUGGCGCUCUUCUGCUGGAUCAGUGACCGAGCCUUCUGUGAGCUGCUUUCGUCCUUCCACUUUCCCUACCUGCACUGUGUAUGGCACAUCCUCAUCUGCCUUGCUGCCUACCUGGGCUGUGUGUGCUUUGCCUACUUUGAUGCUGCCUCCGAGAUCCCCGAGCAGGGCCCUGUCAUCAGGUUCUGGCCCAGCGAGAAAUGGGCCUUCAUCGGCGUCCCCUACGUGUCCCUCCUGUGUGCCAGCAAGAAAUCACCGGUCAAGAUCACGUGAUGGCAAGGCAGUGGCUGGCUUCUCUGCUUGUUUUCCCUCCUGCACUGGGCUUCGCUUGCCGGCAAAGACAGCCGGUGGUUUGUAGAGUUGGGGGUGGGGUCUGUCUUCUUAGUAUUCUGUUCCCUUGAGCUCUGACUAGCGUGUCUGUGGCCCACCAGGACUGAGGAGGAGGGUCUGCCCCGUUCCCGAAGAUGGAAAGUGCAGAGCUGAGGGCCACCAGGUAGAUCUUGUCAGUGUCCCUUCCAGAUGCAAUGACUGGUUGGACUGUAUCCUUUGGGAUGGCAGAGCAGUCCCUUGGGGGAGCCUCAUUUCCCAGGAGGAGUUUGCUGCAGACCCCACCGUUCCCAUGGGCUCUCAGAGCGGACGCUCCUGCUGACGGACUCUGACAGGCAAGACAGGCUGACUGAUGGAAGAUGCCAGGGAUUUUCAUUUGGGAAAACAGUCCUAAAAUAAAAGCAAGCCAAUGAAACCCACACAGGGCUUGUGGCUGAGGAGGCUACUGGUCCACUCGGAGAAUCUCAGUAACUGGAUUUUACAUGUGCUUGUGAAUCCUUUCUCUACUACCUCUGCUGAGAGACGGGGACUUCAGAGGAGGGUGAAGCUGAUGGAAAAACCCUCUGUGCCAAAAGCUGCACUCCACUUUAAGCCAUUCUUGAAGAUGCGCACAAUUCCUAAAUGUUGACGUUGUUGCCCCCCACCCCCAGCCCAGUGGCCUCCAACACACCGAGAAGAAUAGGUGUGUCUGAGCCCUCUGCACACAGACCCCUGCUCCUUGCUGCUGAGCUCUGUAAGGUCAAGGCCUUGGGAUGGUCUGGGUGGGGAUCCUAGUUUAACAUCUGGAGCCAACACGAAGUUCUGGAAACUUCUGCUGAUGGGAAGCCUUCUAUUCUGGAAGUCCAGUAUUUCCUGCGGGAGUCGUACUCUGUAGUCUCACAGUACAAGGUGCUUCCUGCAGUUUCUCUGAGCAUCUAACGACUGCUUCUUUCGAGGACCGAGGGGACUAUAUGCUGGCUCUUGGGGUUUCUGGUGCAGCGGGCAAAUCUGUUGCCUUCGGAGUUCUUCCUCAGCUCAAAUGACACUGGCUACCACUAACCUCUUCACUAGGCUGAAUGAAGACUCCAGAAUGGUCAUCACGGUGUGUGGGGGGAAUACAGGGCCUCAGGGAUACUCACUGAAGCUCCGACAUCUCCUGCCUUGCAGCAUUCCAUUGUGAAAGAGAGCAGGAUGGAGGUGUCCUUGUGAGGACAGGAGUCGUGUCACCAAGGACCGAAGAGUUGGGCAGUACCAGUCCGUGGCAUGUCUGGGAACUCUUGCUUUAAUUAGAAUUUUGUACAGGAUCUAAGGUGAAAAGUCCAAUAAGGAGCAAUGAACCAAGAGUUUAAAAAUGAAUGACAUUGUUCUC